UCACUUGAGCGCACAGUGUGUGAACAAAGGAUUGUUUCCACUUAGGGGUGCGAUAGGUGGCGCUGUGUCUCUUUCUCACUUCCUUUUCGGCAGAGAAGAAGAAGAAGAGCUGAGGCGCAGUAGCACGUUAGUAUCAGCCAGCGGUAGUUCUCAAUUGUUCGCUCACUGUUCAGCAGCCGGUACACUUUACUUGAGAGAUGAACGGUUUGGAAGAAGACCCAAUGGCCCCACAAACCUUCCUUUACGGAUGUGUUUUGGAAACUGGAAAGGAGGUCAUCUUCAAUCCUGAGGAUGAUGAGUUGGAGCAUCAGCUGGAUUUAAGAAUGGCCUGCGUGGACCCCACCACAAAAGAUGAACUUCACAUGGUAGAGGUCGAGGGGCAGGACGCAGAGGGUCAGAAAAUCAAAGCAGCCCUGGUUACCCUGAGACCUUCUACCCUCCCAAGCGUGUGCCUUGGAGGGUUCACAAUCACACCCCCAGCAGUGUUUCGUCUGAAGGCGGGCUCGGGACCGAUCCACAUCAGUGGACAGCACCUCGUUAUGAUGGAGGGCGACCAGUCUUUUGAUGAGGAACAGGAGGAGGAGGAAGAGGACGAAGAGCAGGAUAUGAAGAAUGUGAAGAAAAGACCUGCUUCCUCACCUGCUGCCAAGUCUCAGAAAAAAAUGAAAAUGGAAACGGAUGAAGAUGAUGAUGAAGAUGAUGACGAUGAGGAUGACGAGGAGGAGGAUGACGACGAUGAGGAGGCGGAAAGUGAGGCUGAAGAAUCACCUGUUAAGGCCAAACAAACACCGGCCAAACAGACACCAUCCAAAAAAAAAGCUCCAGCUCAGAAUGGCAAGAGCCCCGCCCCCAAAACCCCGGCUGGAAAGCAGGAACAAACCCCAAAAGGGAAAGGUGCGAAGUCCCCCAAAACCCCUCCACCCACCCUGACAGUUCCUGAGAUGAAAGCCAAAAUGUUGGAGGCAGUGAAGAAGGGUAUAACAUUACCCAAGGCCCAGCCCAAGUUUGAGAACUUUGUGAAGUUUGGCCAUAGAGUCACCGAUGCCACGGUUAUCGCAGAGCUGUGGAAGUGGAGGCAGACGCUGAAGGACGAAAAAUAACUGACUGUAGUUUUAACCAUUUUAUGACAUGCUCAUUCUCAUAGUUUCUCUGAAACCAGAUUCUGUGCCUCACAAUCUCCAAUAAAUCACUCUUUAGCCCACCUGGCCCUAGAGGAGGCGGUGAUGGACGGUCAUAGUGCAGCGUUGGCACACAUCUUUCCACCUCCAUCACCCUCUCAUCUUGGCUCAUAAACUAUUGUUUGUUUAAUUAACCCCAGUGGAGCCAUUUCGCAGGUUUGCAUUGUUGUAAAUGUGUAAAGUAAAUUUUUGUUGGAUCGCUGGCACCCAAGUGGGGAUACUUUGUGUUUUUGCUGUAAGUCGUAGUGAUAUUUCUGCAUUUGUGGUCGUCGCAUCAUUACACCCACUCAAAGCACAUUUAAAACUCCUCUACGACAGUCAACAUUCACUGCCUACCCAAAAAGACUAAUACAGCAAAAAAAAAGACUGUUUUGAAGGCAUUCAUCAUGCAACCGUUUGGAUUAACUUAUGCAAGGUAACAUUUGUCAGGUUUAAAUAAACUUGUUCUUUCUGUGGUUAAGCUGACCUCAUUUUGUACACACCAAAAAUAUAAAGUGCAUUCAUUUUGUGGACCAGGCAGUGUAUAUUGGGCCAUUGCUUAAUUUUGUUUUUCAGAAUACACAACUCUGAUGCUCUCUGAAUGUUGAACGUUUCUUAACGAUCCCAAAAGACCAAACUUGCUUGAAUAACUGUAUCAGAGUUGAAAUUGUUCCUGUCAUUUGUUUAACCGUCCAAAAAGUAUUCAAUCAUUUGGUUUUAAUCAAGCUAAAUAAACAGUGAAGUGAAGCACCCGACCCAUUUCAGCUCUUUUGAAGAUGUUUGCCUUGUGUUGCCAUGACUACUGAGGGCUGCCAGGCCAAAGGUUGAGUACUUUGAGUGGGAAUGCAUGAACGAGGGCAUUUGCAGAUCACGUGUAAUGAUUGUUAGAGCUAACCUGUGCUCGAGAAGCUUGAGUUCAGUCCUUAUUUGUUGAAUGAGUGUGCAAGAAGCCAGUUUGAGCGGACCAGUCCAUGCCGUCCAUCAAACCAGCAUCUGCUUCUACAACUUGAAUCGUGUCAUCGGGAUGAGGGAUUUUUGGGGUCUGUUGGUCAAUUUUCUAAUGCUCUGUAACGGGGUUCAUGAAUAUACUCAGUUUUCAGGAUGAAUGCAGUAUCUAAUUUUUCUUUUAUAUUUUGAAAAAUGUCCCAUUAAAACCAGAAUUCAAAGUGGCUUGCUUUUUCUUAAGUUAUGCACGUGAAAUUGUGCAGUCAAACCUUUUUUUGAAUGUUUUUUUUAGUUGAAUCAGUUGGUAAUAAUAAACCUUACUUUAAACCGUG